AUGGGUGCCAACUUUGCGCAUAGGCGGCUUGGGAAAGAGCUGACAAAAAUCACCGAUAAUCUCCCGGCGGGCAUCUCCCUUGUAUCUGCCGAUGACCUUGAGACGUGGUACCUCGACAUCAAGGUUCUCGACGACAACCCGCUCUACCCAGACAUUUACAGACUGAUGUUCAGAUUUGGACACCAAUACCCAAUAGAGCCACCCGAGGUGACCUUUGUUCAGAAGCCCGACAGACCAAUACCCAUACAUCCCCAUAUCUAUUCGAACGGCAUCAUCUGUCUCGACCUCCUGGGCCAGCAGGGAUGGAGUCCGGUGCAGAAUGUUGAGAGCGUGUGCAUGUCCUUGCAGAGCAUGCUGACCGGUAACACCAAGAACGAGCGUCCGCCUGGGGACGAGGACUUUGUCCGGAGCAAUCGACUGCGGCCAAGGGAUAUCGACUUCUACUACCAUGACAAUAAGGUCUAG